AUGGUUGGAAUUAAACUCAAACUUACCUCUGCUGCUGAAUCUCCUAGUAAUAGUCCUUCAACUCCUGUUCUAAACACCUCUUCAAAAAAGAAGAAGAAAAAGAACAACCACAAGAAGAAGGACAAUGCUUUGGAUCCAUCCGUUCCUCAUCUAUUCGGUCAGUCUUUAAAUUCACAACUUCAUUCGAUACGGACUGCUUUACUCAUCCAGGAGGAUGAUCCUUCGUGUUCUGGGGGUAAACGAUUUGUUGUUUAUCCCAAGCUGUUAUGGCUCUGUUUGAACUGGCUUGAAAAUAAUCCAGAAUGUACGAAUAUGGAGGGUAUUUUCCGAUUGAGUGGACAAGCUUCUCUCAUCAAUUCUGUCAAAGAGCAAUUAUCUAAAGGAAAAUAUGACAAUAUACCCAAAUUAGAGGACUAUGAUUCCGAUUCGGAUGAUGAUGAAAGUUUUGGAACACCCACAGCAGAAGAUGAAAUUUCGAAAUCCAACAUUCGUGAAAACAAACUCAUUCAAAAAUUCCUCGUAUACUUUUAUCCUAGUUCUGUGGCUCCAGAGUCAAUUUCAUUUGGCUCUCUCAACAAACAACCUAUUGUUAAUAAUUUAAUUGAAAUUCCUGAAAUUAAUUUUGAAGAGUUAUUCCCACAAAACACAAUCAAUAAUGUUUCGAGUUUGUUGAAAAUGUAUAUUAGAGAAUUACCCGAACCACUCAUGACUUUUGAUCAUUAUGACAUGUUUAUUGCAAGUGACGGCAUUCCUGACGACAAUGUUCGCCUUCAAGUCAUUCGCAAUGUUUUACGAUUUUUACCAAGAUCCAAUUAUUUCAUUUUGAAAAAGUUGUGUGGAUUCUUGCAUAGUGUCCAUGUCAAUUCAUCAGUGAACAAGAUGGACGCUUCCAAUUUGGCCAUUGUUUUUGCUCCGAAUAUUCUUCGUCCUCCUCCCAUGUAUUGCAAUGUGUUACAAAUGCAAUUGAGCGAGGCCAGAUUUGCCACCUCACUCACUCAGAGCCUCGUGACCGAAUAUGAAUUCUUUUUUGGUGCAGAAGAUGCCAAACCAAAACUUGAGCCACAGAAAACUCCAACACCACCUCCAAACAAACCAAACAGGUCAAUAUCAAGUGCAACCAAUAAUAAGGCAAUAUCCAUGCUAUCGUCAACUUCGUAUGAAAUGACACACUCGAAUUCCUCAGUAUCUGUAUCGUCGAGUGAUUCUAGCAGCACUAAUGUUUUUAUUCCCUCCAAUGGUAACAAUGGCGAAUCACCAAAACCACAAAACAAUAGUAAUCGAUUGACAAGUCCAAAACCACCCCCAAGUGGACUCAGAGAUUCCUCACGUUCUGUGUUUGUGGCAUCCAGCAGUAAUAGGUCAGACACUUCUACGAACGUUCGUUCUGUCAUUGACAACAUGAACACACUUCAUACCAGCAAACAAGCAGCUGCUGAAAUCAAACGACUAUCCCGUGUUAUGAAGGCAGGUGACAUUUGUCUUGACGAUCAAUCUUUAAAAUCCACAACAUUAUCCUCAUUCAAUGACAGCACCUCACAGAAUAAGCGAUUACCUGUACCACCACGCAGGGCUACAGUUUUCACUGAGGCUACAAAACCAUCCCAAAGCACUGGUCCAACAAACAAGAACGAAAUGUUUGUCAUUCCGCCUAGAAAAGUGUCACCAAGGAAGACUACAACAACUAGUCAUUCGAACAACAUGACUUUCAAUUCACCACCGCCUCCAACGAAACCUCCAACACCCUCUCGAUUUGCAGGAGCUUCUACGACACCAAAGCCAUCCCUUGCACAAGUUGGAGCGGUGGGAUCAACAUCAACCACGUCAACUCCAACUUUGACCUCACCCAGACCUCUUCCACCACCAAAAUCAUCUUCUCUGAAUUCAUCCACCACCAAUUCUAGCGCUGCCACGAGUAGUGGCAAUACGACACAACAUCAAGAUUCUCCAUUUGCUGUUCCUGCUAGAACUUCACUCGAUGAUGACAAGAAAUCUCCUGGUGGCCUUAAAAACAAUCCAUUCAUCAAGCAAGAUGUGAAUUUUACCACACCAAGUACCUCUUCAUCUGGUGCUACACGUGCUCCACCUCCAGUACCAAGAAGAAACUAUAAUUGUGAAUCGAUUCCGUGA